UCCCCACUCCCUCCAUCCCCACUCCCUCCAUCCCCACAUUCUCCGUCCCCGACUCCUCCGUCCCCACUCCCUCCGUCCCCACUCCCUCCAUCCCCACUCCCUCCAUCCCCACUCCCUCCGUCCCCUCUCCCUCCGUCCCCACUCCCUCCGUCCCCUCUCCCUCCGUCCCCCCCACUCCCUCCGUCCCCUCUCCCUCCGUCCCCACUCCCUCCGUCCCCUCUCCCUCCGUCCCCCCCACUCCCUCCGUCCCCACUCUCUCCAUCCCCCACCCCUCCGUCCCCACUCCCUCCGUCCCCACUCCCUCCAUCCCCACUCCCUCCAUCCCCACAUUCUCCGUCCGUCCCGGCUCCCUCCUCCCCACUCCCUCCAUCCCCACUCCCUCCGUCCCCUCUCCCUCCGUCCCCACUCCCUCCGUCCCCUCUCCCUCCGUCCCCACACUCUCCCUCCGUCCCC